UUCUCUCUGUAUUAGUGCGGGAUUCGCGUUCUUUUAAUUGACUGCAACAUGUCGUCCUUUUCGCGGGCUUUCUGGCGGACGUCGCGCAAUGCGCUCAAGUACCAGAGGGGUGUCAAUCCGGUGCAGCAGGUGCUGGGUGUUCAGGGUGGAAGCCGAUAUGUCAACGGCGUGAGGAGCUAUGCUCAGGCUUUCCAGCGUGACAAGCCGCACGUCAAUAUCGGUACCAUCGGUCACGUCGACCACGGAAAGACAACCCUCACAGCAGCUAUCACAAAGCGUCAGGCAGAGAAGGGCAUGUCCAAGUUCCUCGAAUACGGCUCCAUCGACAAAGCCCCCGAAGAACGAAAGCGUGGCAUCACCAUUGCGACCGCCCACAUCGAGUACUCGACCGACAACAGGCACUAUGCCCACGUCGACUGCCCCGGUCACGCCGAUUACAUCAAGAACAUGAUUACGGGUGCAGCGAACAUGGACGGAGCUAUCAUUGUCGUGGCUGCGUCCGAUGGUCAGAUGCCCCAAACCCGUGAGCACUUGCUCCUCGCCCGCCAAGUCGGUGUCCAGAGGAUCGUCGUCUUUGUCAACAAGGUGGACGCAAUUGAAGACAAGGAGAUGUUGGAGCUCGUCGAGAUGGAAAUGCGCGAACUGCUCUCGUCCUACGGUUUCGAAGGCGAUGAGACCCCCAUCAUCAUGGGUUCCGCGCUCUGCGCCCUCGAGGGCCGCGAACCUGAAAUCGGUGAGAAGAAGAUCGAUGAGCUGCUCGAGGCCGUCGACACCUGGAUUCCCACACCGAAACGUGAGACCGACAAGCCCUUCCUCAUGUCCGUAGAAGAUGUCUUCUCCAUUGCUGGCCGUGGUACCGUCGUUUCCGGUCGUGUGGAGCGCGGCAUUCUGAAGAAGGAUUCAGAAGUCGAGCUUGUCGGCAAGGGCACCGCGCCCAUCAAGACCAAGGUCACCGACAUUGAGACCUUCAAGAAGUCCUGCGACGAGUCAAGAGCAGGCGACAAUUCUGGCCUUCUCCUGCGAGGUGUGAAGCGUGAGGACGUCAGGCGCGGUAUGGUUGUUGCAGUCCCCAACACCGUCAAGGCGCACAAGAAGUUCCUGGUUUCUAUGUACGUGCUGAGCAAGGAGGAGGGUGGCCGACACACGGGCUUCGGCGAGAACUACAGGCCGCAGAUGUUCAUCCGAACCGCCGACGAGAGCGCUGCUCUCUCGUGGCCCGAGGGAACCGAGAACCCGCACGACAAGCAGGUCAUGCCCGGCGACAACAUCGAGAUGGUCUGUGAACUGCACCAGCCACACGUGCUCGAGUCCGGCCAGCGAUUCAACAUGCGUGAGGGUGGCCGCACGGUCGCCACCGGUCUUGUUACCCGGGUCCUAGAGUAAACACCGUCCGCGAAAUCGAAGGCGGAAACCACUUGUAAAAGUAUGAGACUCUCUUCCGACUGUAAGAUCUGGGGGAUGACUUUGUGGGAAACAACGACUUGUACAACACCUCUGGCACUAUUACUGUACAUCCCCGCUCUCCGCUUCUGCCCAUACCGUUUUCCCCACAUGUAUUUUACACCGCUCGGUUGGGAUGGACGUAUAGACAAUGGGUUGGCGUGGAGUUAACUCGUCUUGCAUGCUUGAAGGUAGCUGAAUUGAAAAUAAUGACAUCAAC